AUGGGGAUUUUGGGAGUGAUUCUGAAGAAUCCAGAUGAUUUGUAUCCGUUGCUGAAGCUCAAAAUCGCGGCGAGGAACGCCGAGAAGAAGAUCCCGCUGGAACCACAUUGGGGAUUCUGUUACUCUGUGCUUAAUAAAGUUUCUAGAAGCUUCGGUCUCGUUAUUCAGCAGCUUCGUCCCGAGCUUCGUGAUGCUGUUUGCAUAUUCUAUUUGGUUCUUCGUGCUCUUGAUACCGUGGAGGAUGAUACUAGCGUAGAGACAGAUGUCAAGGUUCCGAUACUAAUAGCUUUUCAUCGCCACAUUUAUGAUCUUGAUUGGAACUUUGGAUGCGGGACGGAGGAGUGCAAAGUUCUAAUGGACCAGUUUCAUCAUGUUUCAAUGGCUUUUCUGGAACUUGGAAAGAAUUAUCAGGAUACAAUUGAAGACAUUACCAAAAGAAUGGGUGCUGGAAUGGCCAAAUUUAUUUGCAAGGAGGUAGACACAAUUGAUGACUACGAUGAAUAUUGCCAUUAUGUGGCAGGACUUACUGGGCUUGGUUUAUCAAAACUUUUCUACGCCUUUGGUACAGAGGAUCUGGCAACAGACGACAUUUCAAAUUCAAUGGGUUUGUUUCUUCAGAAAGCCCACACUAUUCAAGAUUAUCUGGAAGACAUCAAUGAGAUAUCAAAGUCACGCAUGAUUUGGCCACGGCAGAUCUGGAGUAAAUAUGUUAGCAAACUUGAGGAUUUGAAAUACGAGGAAAACUCUGUUAAGGCUGUGCAAUGCUUAAACGACAUGGUCACUAAUGCUUUGCUGCAUGCUGAAGAUAGCUUAAAAUACAUGUCUGCGUUACGAGACCCCUCUAUAUUUCGCCUUUGUGUUAUUCCACAGGAACCUUGA